CCAAUUUACAUCUUCCUUCAUCUAAUGAAUGAUACAAAAUACAUCGUUUGGUUAAUUGUUGUCAUGUUUUUAAUAGCAGUGUGUUUAGGUUAACACCCGCCUGCUGCCUGGUGUUGCACUCAUGCACUGAGUAGGAUAGGAUGUAUUGAUUUUCUCAAGGAAUUAGACCAAACAGUAUUUGUUGAAGCAGUCCAGAGUAGUUGUGGUUUAGUUUUAGUUAUAAUGAAGAAAGUAAUCAAUUUUGUUAAAGGAAAAAGAGAGGACAGGAAAGAUAGGACAGUCAGCAGCAAUAUAUGUGUAGAGAUAACAAAUCCUUUAGGUCAAAAAGUGCCCAGUGAAGAUGAACAUAUUGUGGGAUUGCAGUCAGGAUAUGGGUACGAAGUUGAUUUUAGUGGAAAGGAUAAAUCUAUGACAAAAUUACACAAGGCAGCUUGGCAAGGUAAUUUGGAGAAGGUGAAAAUUCAUCUAAAGAAAAUUGACAUAAAUGCUGUUGAUGAAUAUAAUAGGACUCCUCUUCAUUUAGCUGCGGCUCAGGGACAUACAAAUGUGGUUUGCUUCCUACUCAAUAAUAAGGCUAUCUCUGAUAUUAGUGAUAGUGAUGGAAUGACACCAUUUUUAAAGGCUGUAGACUGUGGUGUCAAAGAAUGUGUAGGUCUGAUGGUUGACAGUGGUGUCAACAUUUCUUGUGUUGACAACAAUGGAAACACUGCUCUUCACAUCACUGCCAGACAGGGGUUUUUCAACAUAAUGUCCCUGCUGCUCAAACAUGGUGCUAAUUGUAACAGUGCAAACAACGCAGGUGAGAUGGCACUUCACAUUGCUACGGAGCAAGAGCACAGGGACCUUGUGGAACUAUUGCUACAAGCUGGAGCUCAGGUAAAUGUUGUUGAUGCUGAAAACCGCACACCUCUCAUGCUAGCGGCCCGUGUUGGACAGUCAUCCAUUGUGUCACUGCUGUUGAAGUACGGGGCUUCUCUUGACGCUUGUGACAACAACGGUUGGACUGCAGAAGACUAUUCAAUGAUAGGUGGUCAUGAACAGCUUUCAUUGGAGCUGAAGAUUCCUGGCAGCUCCUCUGGUCCUUCUACUAUUGUGGUUGUGGAAGACAGAGAGGUACACAGCGCUGACCACAAUACCACAGAGACUGUCGAGAAUCCAUCAGAAGUCCCGAUGACUGAACCUGUAGAGAUUCAAGAUGAAGUAGACCCUGAAGACGAUUGUGGGGAAUCUCAAACGGUUAAAUCUCCAACAUAUGUAAGACGCCGCAGCUUAAUGGCCCUAGGAACUCUGGAAUCGCACCGAAAUAGUUUUGUUGAGAAUGGAAAUGGAAAUGGCAAUACGAACAUUAAUGGAAAUAGUAUGGGUGACGACUUGGAUACGUUUGAUCACUCUUUUAUUCCACCAGCAGUUAAAAUCAUGGACAUGGAGGAUGGCAUGGACGACAUCAGAGUUGAGUCGGAUGCAGACUGGGACAGUGAUGAUAGUCUGCCACUCGACCGCAGCCUGCCUCCACCUCCAGACUUCCCAGACUCCUCCCUGGAGUCCUUCCUCCCACUGCCGGAACUGGUGCUCACCCCAGACCCUUCCCUUCCUCCACAUAUCCCGGAGCUCAUCAUCACACCAGACCGCCGGAGUAGGAUAACACUGGAGCGCACUCCGUCCCUAGAUCUGACCGACAGUGAUAUAAUGAUAUCCCCUGAUGGAACAUUAGGAAGAGACGGAACAAUGAAGUGUUCAGAUGAAAUAUGGGAAACAGCAAAUAUUCCAAGUCCAGUAGAAAAGUCAAGCACUCAUCUUACUAUCACAAAUGCUGCAGUACAUGAUACCGGACAAACUGAUGUUCUUGAUAACACCAAAGAAGAAAAUGCCAACGUUAUGGACAAUUUAACUGUCAUUACGGACUUGAAAUUUGUGAAUAAAUCACAAAAAGAAACUAAAAGGUUUGUGAGAGAAUCUCAGUCACUAGAUAACCUUGAUGAUUGUGGUUCCAAGUACAGUGAGAUAGAAAGUUCCCAGUCUUGUGAUAAGCUUGAUAGUGAACAGUUCAGCGGAGUUUACUCUUUGGAAACUGAAGAGAGCACAAAUGACGUAUUUACCCAGUCGCUAGACAGCCUGGAAGAAGAAUCGCCUGUGGGAACGGUGGUGAAGCGGAAUGUCUUCCAUGAAUCACACUCGUUGGAGUUACUUGAUGAAGCGAAAAAACCAACUCACCAUCACUCCAGAAAUAAGUCGGUGUCAGUGUCUUCCUACAACUGGAGUAAAAGCGUGGAUGUUCUAAGCAAGCCUGCCAAGUCAGACGUGACUUGUUUGGAUGCAAGGAGUAUUGAUGAGCAGCUGCAGUGUUAUGAUGAAGCUCUCAGGGAAUUGGCCGAGGAACAGAAAAUAAAGGAAGAGUUGUUGAACAAAGUUCUGGAGGGGAGGCAUUACGCCAAAUCUAACCUGAAUCCUAGUCUAAGCUGUGAUAUGCUGGAACCUAAAAGAGGAGCUAUUUCCAAAACAGGUCUUUCACUGACGCAGAAAGAACAGUCUAGGUCUCUGCGACUAAACAAGAGCUCUGUAAAGAUCAGUAGCUUGUCUAAUGCAACUGGAGAAAACCACCACCAUAUGAAAAAGUCAAAUACUGUAGAUGUGUUGAGCCUGAAGUAUUGUACUUUGGAAAAGUCUUUGGAUGGUGGUGUAAACUAUGAUGUGGAAAAUUAUCCAAAGAAUAGGUGCCAAAGAAAACCGGAUCAUCCGAGUUUGGAGGCUGGAUGUGAUUCUAGACCUGAAAAUAAACUUCCACCAAAGUCUCAGAAGUAUUUGGAAAAUAAAAAGCCCUCAAAACCGAGAAGUAAUUCUACCUGUUCUAGGAACAAAAUAUAUUCUCACGAGAACAGACAUAAGUUCUACAAUAGUUUGGAGCUCCCGCCUCGAUGUAAAAGAGGAAAAGGUUCAAGGGAUGAAAGCAAUAAUGGAAUAAUGGAUUGGAAACGAACCCUUACUGUAUCAAGUAUGCCCGAGAGGCCAAAUCAAGGGAAAAACUAUCCUGAUUCAGCUCAAUCAAGUAAAACUCUCUCUGAAAAUACCAAGAAAACUGAUGCAAGUCCCAAACGUCCUAUGCGAGUAAAGAAACUGAGAAAAGAGUUGUCUGAUACUACAUACACUAAGAAAAGUGACAGUCAUGAGUCUAAGAGAAAAGCUGUUGGACGAUCGAUAUCAUUGUACAUGGAGAGGAUGAAAUAUGAAGAACCAACAAAGAAAGUCAACUCUGACGGUAAAGAACGUCUUUUAUGUGAAAAAUCAGAAAGUGAUUCAGAUUGGAGUGAAAGGUCACUGCAUCACAAACGUAAGAAGUUUGGUGCAAUGAGAGAUGCAAUUGUGGACAGUGAAGAUUCUGAUGAGGAUCCUCCGUUUUGGGUCAGCACAGGAAAAGAAGGAGGUUUCUCUCGUCAAGACACAGUGAUUCACAAUCAACAUGCUUCUGCCAACAGUGGCAUGAAGAAGGAUUCAGACGAAGAAAAAGGCGAGAGAGAAGGUAAUGAAGAUGCGAGUACCAGUUCAGACUCAGGUUCUGCCAGUAUCUCACAGUCGGACGCCACUCCUUCUCAUUCUUAUAUUUUGAAGAGUCAUCAUAGCAUGCUGAAAGACCACCUUAAACAAACGACUGAGGAGAAAACGAAACUAGAAGAGACGGCGGCCAAACUUAAGGAACAAAAUGACAGAAUCCAAUACGACUUGGCUGAUGCAAAUCAAAGUAUUGUAGUGAGGGAUGACAAAAUAGUAAUUCUGCAAGAUGAGCUGUCUCGCCUGAGCUCCAAAUACUCUACAACUCUGGACGAGUUGAACAUGCUGAAGCAACGACUCACAAACGCAGAGAUCGAACUGAAACACCUACGGGAUGUGACAAGGAUAAAUAUUGAAAAAGAGCACAAACCCGACCCGAGUACACAACAGCUGAUCAGACAACUGCAUGAAACCAACAAAGCAAAGAAAAGAAUAGAAUUUGAGAAGGAAACUUUGAUUGCUCAACACAUCAUGGACAUAAAGAAGCUGCAACAAGACACGAUACAUUGGAAGAAUCUGUAUGAAGAAGCCCUUUCCAAGCUAGAACAAAUUGAGGCUUUGUGUGACCCGUGCCUCAUGGAAAACAACCAACAUAUCGACAAAAUCAAAGCUGCAUUCAAAAAAUUCAGAGAUGAGAAAAACAGCGGACGUUUGAAAACAAAAAACACUAGUACUACAAAUCAAAACUGCAUUGAAAGUAAAGAGAAAACUUUAGAACUAGAAGACAGUUUGGACACCAACAAGGAAACAUACUGUAUAGAAGACACAAUUAUUGAUAAUCAGGUAGCGACUUUACAACUGCAACUUCAACAGGAAAAAUCUAGAAGUUCCGCACUUGAAAACCAAGUCCAAAAAAUGCUAUUAGACCUGCAGAAGAAGCUUGACUUAGAGGCUGAAUUGGAAAAUUUGAAUCGAAGAUUAGAAAAGGAGUUUGUUCCCAGAGUAGAACUGGAACAGUUGAGAGCGAAUCAAGAAACGGCCAUAGCAAGGAUACGGCAACAAGCUUUGUUGGAUAGUGAAACCAAACUCAACGCAAAACUUACAGAAAUAAACCAAAUCCUGCAACUCCAGUUGCAGGAACAAUCACAGAAAGAGCGCCAGCGGGAAAUUGUUGAAUCUCAGAUGAAACAAGAGUUUGAGAAUACACGGCAAAAACUGCUUUUAGAACUUAGCAAGGUUCAGGCGGCUCUCAAAGCCAAGGAGUCGGAGGAGAGAGUUUUGCGGGAGCAGUGCGAAGCGAUGACUAGAGAGGCUGAAAAGACGCAGGAGCUGAAACGACGUCAGCUGAUUGAGAAGUCGUACAGUGUCAACCUGGCGGACCCGAGCACGACACGGGAGAAGGAGCUGACUGUGAAGCGGAGUGUGGUGCCGCCGCCCCCACCUCCUCCACCUCUCUCUCCCCCACCACUAGAUCUGGCACUGCUGGACGCCAACUCACUGCGGCAGCAACUAGAGCGGAGCAUCUCCAAACACCGAGACAUCCACACUCGUGGAGUCAACGAUGACAGAUCCCGCUCUCCGCCCGGCAGGUCACAUCAGUAGUGAACAAGUACUCACCUAAAAAAAACUAUAUGAUGUAUUUUAAUAUUCUAAUUUACUAUACCCAGUGUCGAUGAUAGAAUAGUAUAUGUCAUUAGUGUAUCAAGUAAUAGGUGCUAACAAACAAUGUAAACUAUUUUUAAUCAAUUAGUGUACGGUGUUGUGCAAUUUUUUAAACUCUCAUUGCCCGAUAUAUAAAGCUUUAAAUUGUAUAUAGUAAGUGGUAAAUUGUUCUAGUCAGUAAAGUCAGUAUUAUAGUAAUAUUUAUCAAUUUUAACUAGAUUUCUAGUUUUAGUAAGUUUGUUAUACAACUGUGUUUAGUAGCUACUAAGUUUAGGUUUAAAUUAAUAUAUAUCAUAUCUAAUAAAUGUAUAAAUGCUAGAAGGGUGUUAAAACGGGGUGUUAAACCGCAGGAUGGAUGUUCGCUACCGAUCGCCACAUAUAUGCGACGCAGCGGUCAUUGCCACGGGCCGAGGUAUACAUUUUAAUAUUAGACAUAGACCGGGUGUCACUCGGUUAACACUAACAAUACUCGCAGACCAUGGGCUAGUGAUGCAGCAAAGUAAAAAACAGUUCUGCCAACUAUCAUAUGACAUCACUAAUCAUCAUAUCCACAGACCAAGUGACACACAUAUGCGACAGACAUCCCUGUAGACCACUGCAGAGAAUUCAUGGCCUUCAAAUAGACUGUUACGAAGGUAUAUGCUUUUUUAUAACAUCGGGACACCGAUGCAAAUAUGCGACUCAGUCUAUUUUAACAUGACCAGCCGCCGCAUAGUAAUAUUGAUAGUCACAUGUAUGCAAUUUCAGUAUAAACCGGUGGGCGGAAUUAAUAAAUGGGUAGAAACCGGCUGUUACAUAUGCGCGUCGCUGGUCCAUAUGAAUGAACAAUUUAGUUCUAUUGCGGUAGCGAACAUGUUAAAUUAUGUCUUGGUUUUCAAUACACAGGUUAGCUGUAACAGCAAAUGAAAAUUAAUUAUAACUUUGUGAUUGGUUUGUAUUUAAAAAAUGUUAACUCCGUAAUUAUUUUGUAAAAAAAGCUGAAAAGAUAUUUGAUGUAAGAUUACAAUUUACGUACUCACAAGGCAGUAAUAUUCCACAUGUAUAAAUCCCCAUUACAGUCAAUAAUUCUAGUCAAGAAGGAUUUUAAGACUACACAAAGUUAAUGCAUUCCUUUGUAAUACAUAUUCAAUGUACAAAUAAGUUUAAACAAAUAUUGCUAGUUAGUGUGAUAGUUAAUUUUGCGUUAAUCAAAAAACAUGAAAUAAAAUAAAGUAUAGUAGGCUAAUAUUUAUGAAUACAAAUCAUUAAGAUAAACCAACCCUGUUAUCGCUAUAUUUAAAACUACAAAAUUGUUAGUCACAUUCAACAACAAUUUUUAAAACCCUCAACCAUUGUUUUGUUUUAAAAUUUUCAAAAUUUAUUUUCCCAUCAAAAGUUGUUUGUACAUAAGAUAACACACAUUAUUUACGAUAACUUCUGAAAAUAAUUAGCUCACAUAGUUUGUUGUUUAAGGGCUGUGAAAAUUAAUUCUAAUGUUAGUAAACUUAUAUAUAUUUUAGCUGCCUCAUUUAAAUGUUUUUGGGUGUAAUAUAAUUAAUUGUGCUUGCUUAGGCCUAGAGUUUCUUUUGAUGUUUUUACAAUUAACUUGCAAUACAAAGGUUGUCCAGAAAGUAACAGAUGUUUUAACUUAUUGUGAAAGUGGAAAAAGAGGACCUUCAACUUAGCAACUUAACUUCAAAGUUCUACACUCAAUACACAUCCAGCUGGAAUAUCCAGUGGAACGUAUCAAUUUGUCUAGUAUUGGGUGUUAACAAAUUGAAACUGGAGGUUAAGAUUGGUUUGGGCGCUGCUUAAGAUUGGUUUGGGCGCUGCUAUUUAAACUCUUAUGCAAGGUUGAGUGUGUUAGGUAGUGAUAUGAUUUUGAUUUCUUCAACAAAAAUUCACAACCAACUGGAAUUUAUGGUGGGGAAAAAUAUGUAGGAGAAUAAUAGUGUUAAUGCUAAGUAAAGCCAUAGUAAAAUGGUUCCAAUUCAUGGUGAAACGCUGCAAAGUUUGGGGUUUGGCGUAGUGAGCCAUAUCAAAUAAUUAAUUAACUAAGUUUUUUCCUAGUUAAAUGCAUUCUAAGAGUUCACCUUUAAAAUAUUAAUGAUAAAACUAUUUCUUCGCUUAGGUCUCUUUGUCAAUUUUGUAUUAAAAACGACUGUUACUUUUUGGAAGACCCUCGUAGAUUUGUAAACUGGUUGUUUGAAAUAGCUUUAUUCUAAUUUAUCAUAAAACUUGUAUUGUAUCUUAUAAUCAAACUAGCACAAAUUUUAAGAAUGAUUGAUAAUUUGUGGAGCUGAUACACAAUUAAUGUGAAUUGUAAAAUGAUUUAAAGGAUAGUGUUAUGUUGUUUUCAAGGUCAGUUUGUGUUUUAGCUAGGAUCAGUUAUAGAAAACCCGAUAAUAAAAAAGAUACAUCCAGGUUGAAUCUUAAAGAAUGUUUUAGUUUUAAUAUUGAUUCAGAUAAACCCAAAAUGAUCUCCAGCUUAUAAUUAAAAAGAAGUUUCAUUCCAACAACUUAAUCCAAUAGUUGAUGUGUCUACAUGUUCACUACACAAUCACAUACACAUCACUGCAACCGAUUGAGAACAAAUUUUUUAGAAACAAAUCUAAUACCUCAGAGAAGUAUUUUGUUCCUAUUUUAUCAAAAUCAAUUGGAUUCGACCCUUGUGCACUCUUAGUUUGUAUGUGAAGCUUUUGGAAAAGAAAUGUUUGAUGGAUUAACAUUAACAAUUCAUUUUCACAAGUUUGAUGUGAGUAUUUUCAUGUAAAGAUAUAAAUAAAUCACAGUAUAGAUCAAGUAAACUAUUGGGACUAAUUAACAGGUAUCCUGAGAUAAUUAACCUAUAGAAUUUUCAAAAUCGUUCUGUACCAAAAUCCAUGUAAGAUUUGUCCUGAACUAAAGACUUUCCCUAAUGUCUAUAAUUUUUGUUUAGACAGGUAGUUUGACAGUGAUUUGCCAAUAACAUGACACUAAAAUUGUGAAAUGAAAGUAAAAUGGAACUUUAAAUGUCCAAUAUUUAACUCUUAGAGGUACUAUGACCAAAUAGCGCACUAUAACAGAAAAAUGAAUGUUUUUAAGUUUAACUUAUUUGCAAAACAUUGAUACAAAACAGCCAGUGCCAAUUCGACUGCAGCACAAAACCAUAGAUUUAAUGAAAUAUUUAAUUU